GGCCUCUGAUAGGUCGGCUCGGCUGUGCCCUGACGAAGCUGGCUCCGGGACUCGCCACAGUGGUGUACUUUAGGUUUUGUUUGUUCGAGUCGCCCGACGUCCGGUCCCCGUCCGGAACGAGUGUUACUAUCCGGUGGUUGUAAAAACAAAACAAAACAAACAAACAACACCGCGGUCCGCGAGGGGAGCGGAAGUCGCGGCCUGCUAAACGGUAGCCGUUAGCUACCAGGCGCCGUCCGGCCGCUAGCGGAAGCCGCCGUCCGGCUGGCGUCAAACAAGCAAACAAAGCCGGAGCCGAAGGGAAGGGAAGGGAUGCCCCGCUAUACUUAGCCGGGGCCGAGCCGGCUUUGCCCGCCCGCCGCAGAUCCUUUGUUUCCCAGGACAGGGGUAUAUAUAGAUAUAUAUAUAUGUGUAUGUAUGUAUAUAUAUAUAUCCGAGCGGUCUCCUCACGAUGAGCCCCUUCACUCAGUGACUACUGGCCUUCUCACAGACAUGGAGUUGUACUGGUACAUAGUGGUCAUCGUUUUCAUCAUCAUCAAGAUAUUCUUCUAUGUGUGGUGGUACCGGUCAAGGCAGAGACAGCUGGCAGCGUACCUGAGCAACCCACGCAAUGCUCAGAUCGUCAUCGUUGGAGGAAGGUCCUACCUCAACCAAAUGUGUGAGAGACAGAGUCAGACGUCCAUCUGGCCGAGUUGGUAUGGUGUCCAGGAGGACACAUCGAUAGAGGAGCCCUCCACAUCCUUGCCGCCAGCAGCAUCCUUCUCUCAUCUGGACAUGCCUCCACCUUAUGAGGCAGUCUCUGGAGGAGAUGAUCUGAAGCCCCCUCCCUACAGCGAGUGUGCCCAGCAUGACACCGACGCCGCUCACCCAUCCUACCGCACCCCUCUCCUUGUUUCUGAGGGUGAAGACUCGAUUAGCAUCAGUGAAGCCCCACCCCCUUACACACCUUGCCCCCCCGCAUUAGCCAAUCAAAUAGAGGAGCACCCCGCCAGCCACUGUCAAUCACACUCAGAGAACAGACCUACUUAGACCAAUCCCCUGACACCGUUUUGCCUUUCCGAGUGCUGCCUUUUUUUCCAUUUGGCCUCAGCUGUUGAUUGGUUGGUCGGUCGUGUCAUCGCCAGCCAAGCUCUCAUCAGCUGAGGGUGAGAACAGACAUUUGUUUGCUUGUGUGUAUGUUUUAUGGUCUUGAAGCCAGGUUGUCUUUCUAAUUUUUAUUUAUCAAAGAGAGGUCGUUUGAUGAGUACAGUAAUAACGCAAAACAUCAACAAUCCCGUGUGCCUCAGUCAGAACCACAAGUGGUCCAAGUUUUGGAAAUGGGUAACUCGUUUGGGAGGGGUGGGGUGCUGUUGCUCACUGCCAAUGCACAACAGUGCAUUUUAUGUAGUUUUACCAUCAUAUCGGGUAGGGUCUUAUUUGUAAAGGUAAUCAACAAAUGUUAGCCUUGAUCCCCCCUGACCCUCUUAGUUCUGCGCCCCCUGUCAGAUGCUUCAUCAUUGCAUCUUCUGGAACGUUGUUGCUUUUUGGGGGAUGGGGUUUUCCUGUGCUAUUCGCUUUAUUGUGCAACAGCAUUUCAGACACCACUAACAUUGCAAGAAGAUGUUUCCCAAGUGAGCCAUUUCACAGAGCAGUCAAACUGAUGACAUCUUUUGUUUAUUUUAUUUUUUGGGGAUUUUCCCCCCCCCCCUUUUCCACCCCAAUUGUACUUGGCCAAUUACCCCACUCUUCCAAGCUGUCCUGGUCGUCCCUCUGCUGAACCGGUCAGGGUUGCAGACCUCCACAUGCCUCCUCCGAUUGACAGUGAGGAGUUUUGCCAGAGGGACGUAGCGCAUGGGAGGAUCACGCUAUUCCCCCCUCCCAACCCUGAACAGGCGCCCCGGCCGACCAGAGGAGGCGCUAGUGCAGUGAUCAGGACACAUACCCACGUCCGGCUUCCCACCGGCAGACACGGUCAAUUGUGUCUGUAGGGACGCCCGACCAAGUCGGAGGCAAAACAGGGAUUCGAAUCGGGAUCCCCGUGUUGGUAGGCAAUGGAACAGACCGCUAUGCUACCCGGACCCCCCAUGAUGUCUUCGUCUAAUCAGUGCUUGUGCAGCGUUCCCAUUGAGUUUACACAAAAAAUACAGGUAAUGCCUUAAGUCUGGACUGACAGUGUGGGUGAAGUAAAUGAAAGGCACUUAAACGACUACAGUAUUGAAGGUAGAGGCCGUGAGUUGAAACUGCAUUUUCAUCCCAAGGAGUUGAAUCAAGUGCAACUGGACAAGUCCAGCUGCACUUGAUUCAACUCCUUUGGAUAACCAUGACCUGGAUGAAUGAGAACAUUCACAGACACGAAAAUGCAUUUUGUGUUUUGCUGAUAACCCUCCGUGUUGUAAUGGCCAGCCACGCUCAGUCCGUCGCCGGCGCCUUGCCUUGCUUCCCGAGAGCACCUGCAACAGCGGCUGUGAUGAAACGCUCAGUUUUUCUGUGUUUAGUGUUCCUGCACGUGCCUGUGGGUUGCAAAGAAGAAGCUGCGAGGCACAAGGUCGAGUCUGAAGAUGGCUUUGCGCUCAGUUGAUGUAACCUAAUGUAGCACCAUAAUGACGACUGACUGACGGCCUUAAUCCGAGUCCUUCUCCCUACCUUAUGUCCAUGUCCAUGCAUUUCAACUGAUCACAUCAGAUGUUCAGUAAAGUAGCCUUGUGAAUAGUUUUUUUCUUCUUUUCUUUUUUUGGUGGGGAGGGGGUUGGUUUUGGGAAAAUAAUUCCUCUGUAAUAAACUAUUGUUCAUAAUAA